AUGAUUGGAUUGUCUAUUCCUGCAGCGCGUGCUAAUAAAAAAUAUAUGUGUCAGGUGUAUUUAUUCUCAGUUUUAGCUCUAUUUGCAGGUCUAGUUGCUUUUUUUGUUAUGGCAGGGACUGCAAUGAUUACAUUUGAAGAUUCUUGCAAUGAAAUUUCAGGCCACUUAUCAAGUCAAGCUAGCUCUUGUGCUCUAACUGGACCAAAUUUUGACCUAUUCAAUCUUCUAUUUGUCUUUAUACUCAGUAUAUCAUUUUGGAUUUAUGUUUAUGCGUUACAAAAAGAAGAGGAGAAAAUUUCUCAAGCUCAAAAUGGUGGUAUAUUGAUGGCUUAUUUCUGGACGGAAGAUUAA